AUGUCAACAAAUUAUCCACGCCAAUCUCUUCGUGACGCUGUUUUAAGCAAUCUCGACUCGAAAACUGCGUCCAAUGAAUUUCAUGUACCUGCAAGCACUAUCCGACAACAUCGUCGUCUCCCUGGUCUCAAUGUGCGUCGUGGCCGUCCUUCAUAUCUAACAGAUGAACAAGAAGCGCAUUUCGUUUCAUUAUUAAAACUUCUACCGGAUUAUGGUUUUGACGUUGCUAAAGAUACUGCGAUUGAACUCGCUGUUGAUUAUUUCACUUCAUUAAACAUUAGUGUGAAACCAGGAGUGAAAUGGAUUAGAUCUCUUGUUAAGCGACACGUCGACGACAUCAAGUGGAUGAAGCAGGAAAAGCUGGAACGGGUUCGUGCGGAGUCGUUUACGGAAGAAACCCGGCGUGGAUGGUUUAAUACACUUCAAGCUGUUAUGACUAAACAUAGUUUAUUUGACAAGCCAAGUCAAAUCUUUAACGCGGAUGAAACAGGCUUCUCGGGCAAGUCAAAAGGAAAAUGGGUUAUUGUAAACUCCAGUUGUCGACACGUCUUUGAAGCAAAUGGUGGAAACGGAAAAGAAUACAGAACAGCUCUUGUUUGUACUAGUGCCGAUGGAAAAGUAUUACCACCAUUUAUUCUUUACUCAGGAAAGAAUCUGAUGGACACAUGGUGUAAAGGUGGACCGCCUGGUACUCAGUAUGGUGUAACACAAAAAGGAUGGAUCAACACCCAUACGUAUGAGUUCUGGCUAGAAAAUGUUUUCAUACCAUCAACAGCGCAUCUGAAUAGGCCUCUUCUUUUGGUCAUCGAUGGACACGCGUCUCACAUUAGUUUGAAAAUUUUACAUUUACUAAGAACUCACAAGAUCAUAUGUUUGAUGCUGCCCAGUCAUUCAACGCACGCACUACAACCUCUCGACGUAGUUGUUUUCAAUUCUGUGAAACAAGAUUGGUCGCAAAUAGUUUCAAAUCAUUUGAAAAACGGAAACAAAAAGAUAAAAAACAGCGAUUUUCCCGGGCUAAUGAAGAAACUUUUCAUCGACAAAGCGGCAUUCUCAUCUGCUCGAAUAGUCUCUUCAUUUGCACGUUCUGGUAUUUGGCCGUUUGAUCAAAACGUUAUGCGUAACAAAAUUGCUCUCAACGCUAAUAUAGCAUCAUCUGUCACAUCAAGUACUCAGCCUCUUCCAGUGAACAUCCUUCAGCCGCGUUCGCCAACCUCUGUGUCAUCAACUCCGCCUAGCAGCACAACAUCAAGUGAUCCUACUAGUUCGUCGUCACUCGGUGUUCGCAACACACGAUUCAGCAAUUCUUCGAAUGCUUCUCCACCACAGCCAUCUUCUCUUUCACAAAUGUUUAGUCAAAUAACCCCUAUACAACCAACAUGUGUCGACGAAGCAGAUAUGCCACUAUCUUUAUCCGACUCCUAUUCGUAUGUCACUCUUCAGUCAUCUCCUUUGGAUUUAACAAUUGAUCAGUCAACACAAAAAAGAAAAGCUUCUGCAAAUCCUCGAACUGCUCGUAAAGUUCCUCGACUGUCUGCUGAACAAAACAAUACUAAUUCUGCUCCUUCAAGUCCAAUUCUUGCUGUUCGUCAAGUUAUGAACACCUUAUUUGCAGAACGAUCAAAACAAUUGGAAAGAGUUAAUCCUCAGACAAAGGCACCUCGUGGUAAACGCUUAAAAAACACUACUGGGUUGAACAUCACAGAGGAUAACUCUUUAAUCAUGGCGGUGGAAACUCAUGAGAAACACGUAAGUGAAGUUGGCAGCGGAUUCGAGUCCUUCCAUCAGCGAUUCGCCCAGGAGUCCGUUCCAACCGUUCCAACUAGCGUUCCAGAUGCAGCUCGGCGAGCUCUAUCUAUGGGAUAUCUUGGAAUCCUCAUAGCUCCAGCUAAAACCUAG